AAUUCAACUCAAGUGUAGAAGAAGUGAAAGAUGUGAUUUCUAAAGUUGCUAUAAUAAGCCUUGUCCCAUUGCUUGUGGUCACUGUCGCUGUGAUUCUCAUCUUUUACUGCUACCGUAUUCAGAGGAGGAGGAAGCUCAACAAGGCAUGGGAGAAGAACGUGAAAUCCAAGAAGCAUAAAGACUGUAGUGAUGUUUGUGCCAUCAUGUUAGAUGACGACCGUUCUGACAUCAGUUCUACUUGCGCCAACAACAUUAACCAUAAUACUGAACUGUUGCCCAUUGAGUUGGACACCCUUGUGGGCAAAGGGAGGUUUGCAGAAGUCUAUAAAGCGAAACUGAAGCAAAAUACGUCAGAACAGUUUGAAACAGUAGCUGUCAAGAUCUUCCCUUAUGAAGAAUAUGCCUCUUGGAAGACUGAGAAAGACAUCUUCUCGGACAUAAACCUGAAGCACGAGAACAUCCUUCAGUUCUUGACAGCAGAGGAGCGCAAAAGAGAUUUAGGCAAACAGUACUGGUUGAUCACUGCUUUCCACUCAAGGGGAAACUUGCAGGAAUACCUCAUAAAACACAUCAUUAGCUGGGAGGACCUCUGGAAACUGGGUGGCUCUUUGGCUCGUGGGAUUGCCCAUCUUCAUAGUGACCAUACACCUUGUGGCCGACCCAAGACCCCGAUUGUCCACAGAGAUCUAAAGAGUUCCAAUAUCCUGGUGAAAAAUGAUCUAACAUGCUGCCUCUGUGACUUUGGGCUAUCUCUGAGGCUGGACCCUACUCUCUCUGUCGAUGAUCUGGCUAACAGUGGGCAGGUUGGCACAGCGAGGUACAUGGCUCCUGAAGUCCUGGAAUCCAGAAUGAACUUGGAUAAUGUUGAAUCCUUCAAGCAGACCGACGUCUAUUCCAUGGCUUUGGUUCUCUGGGAAAUGACCUCUCGUUGCAAUAGUGUUGGAGGUAG